UGAACCGAGCAUGAGCAAAAGUGAAAUUUUGUGCUUCUAAACGCAGUGUAGUGUUCUGUGGAAUGGGAUAGGAUAGGCGCCAAAUCAGAAUUAAUAAAUGCAUCAACGGAACCCUAGAAAAAUAUAUCCGCGCGUGUUGGCAUUAUUAAUUUAUUGAUAACUAGCAGUGAAACGGCUAUAAUAAGACAAAAAGACCUGGCGACGCGCACACUGCACACACACGCGCGUAAAUAGACACACGUACAUACGUACUAUCGAUAUCCGAGUUGCAUUGCGCGCCGUGGCGGCAGCGAGAAAGAGAGCACCGAAAGUUUGCGCCAUCAGCCAGCUAGAGCAACAAACAAACGGGGAGGGCGCGCGCAUUCCAUUUAACGAGAACAACAAUACUUGCCAAGGAUAACAACGUUGAGAAGAACAGAACGCAGCCAAAAUGGGAGAAGUGAAAUCGGUCAAAGUGGACAACUGGGGAGUCUUCUUCCUGCAGAAGCUGCAGAAUUUCUUCAACAAAACGGACUACUGCGACCUAACACUGCAGUUUCGCGAUAAUUCACAAUUAAAAGUGCAUCGCCUGGUGCUAAGCGCUUGCACCGACUAUUUCAAUGUACUGGAACAAAAUUGCGAAAUUGUCGACGAUGCCCUCAUCAUGCCCAACGAGUUCCAGGCGGAUGUUGUGGUGCCCAUUGUCAACUUUAUGUACACGGGCACCCUUGAGUUUGAGUUGAAAAUGUAUGGCAAACUGCUGCGCACAGCCAAGGAGAUGAAUAUGACAGUGCUGCUGAAGCUAUUGGAGGCACAUAGACGCACCAUGGAGAAUGUUAAUCGCCUGCAGAGGCCGCCCAGUCCGAAGGGUAUACGACGCCGCACAGUGGGCCCAGCCAUAAAUUCAGGCACUCCACAGCAGCGGGUAACUGUGCCGGCCCAGCAAAGCCGCGUUGUAAGCAAUACAGUCGUGGGGGCAGCCACCGGAGGCACAGGCACAUUGAGACCAAAUAUUCAGCGUGCUACCAUAGGAAAUACAAUGAUACGCACGACGACAAGCAUCAAACAAGAGCCCACCUCUCCCUUUGAGCAGCUGCGCAAGGGAUAUAACAACAACAAGCGGCCGGCACAGACCAGUAUACUGUCGCCGCCGUCCAAGAAACCCAGCCUAGAGGAGGUCAAAGAAUUUGCCGAACAACAGCGGAUGCGUAAGCAAAUUGCGGCCGAAUAUGGUGACAAUGAUCCGGAAUACGAUGGCGGCAUGCUCUACGAUGAUGUCCAUGCUGACGAUGAUGAUGACGAUAUGCCACCGCAGCCAUCAACGUCUAGGCAAAACCAGCCGACAACUCCACAGAAAGGCACACAGACCCAACUGGAGCAUGGCACAACGACCAUAAUCCUCAAACAGGACUCGCCCAGCCAAACGCCGACGAUCAUCGUGAAGGAUUCGUCGAAUGCCAAGCUUAAUCACACCAAAAUCAUUGCCGAAGUCUUGCGACAGUAUCCGCAUAUCGUCAAGGGCCACAAGAACAUCAAGCUAAAGAUUAUGCCCAACAAUACGCCAACCAGCACUCCCGCCGAGAAGGCUGCCUCACCUGUGAAGCGUGCUGCGCCAGCAGUAUCAGCCACAGCGACAUCGCAAUCCUCAACAGCAACGGGACCCACAUCGCCGCACAAGAAGCUGCAUGUUUCAUUCAAAACUGACAAAUCGACACCGUUGAUAACGUCACAGCAGAAGGCAGCCACAACACAGCAAAAGCCAUCAUCAGUUUCACAGUCCGCCGUCCCAGCCCAGACAUCCGCAGCGGCAGCAGCAGCGACAACAGCCAGCUCCGCGGCAACGGCAUCGGCUCAGAAGCGUCGAAUUGACAGCAAGACGAUGCAUACUUUGAUAUCACAAGGAGCUGAAAAUACCACCGGUCCUUGGCUGUGUCUGCGGUGCGGUGUGAAUGGACGGCCCAUUAGCAUUCCUUCGUACAGGGGCUUUAGACGGCAUCUCAUCAACACUCACAAGGAGACCAUCGAUCCGGCGCUGUGCGAGCAUUGUGGCUGGCGAUCGGGAAACAAUCGAGAGUUGCAUUUCCACAUGUAUACGGAGCAUCAAAUCAAAUCGCAGCUAUACACAUUCGCCGAGUGUGCGCUCUGCGAUCAGACGUUUUUGACCAAACCUGACCUGGAGGCCCACAUAAAUGAGGCACACACCGACGAGAACAAGCAACAGUGCAUCUAUUGCAACAAGGUGUUUGAUCAAGAGCUGCAGUUGUACAAGCACAUGAAGGGCUACCACAAGGCCCAGGCCCUGGAGGAUGGCAUCAUUGACGAGACGGAUGAGGAGUACCAAGGCUCACAGGACGAGGAAGAGGAAGAAGCUGAGGAGGAGCAAGAACCGGAGGGCAAGGUUCGCAUACUCUCGGACAUUAGCUUGCCUGCCAACAGUGCCAUAGCAGCGCAGCGGGCCAGCGCUGAGCAAGAAGCGGAAGAGCAGCAGCAGGAAGAGGAGGAGGAGCUAGAGCAGCCGCAGGAGGUGAAGUUUGUUGGAGCCGAUGGCAAUGAAGUGGAGCUCACAGACGAACAGCGAAAGGAGAUUCUAUCGCAGCUCAAUCAACAGCAGGCAGGCGCUGCCGCUGGCGGUGUGGUAAUGGUACUCAGCGAGCCCGAGGCGGAAACAGUAAAGCAAGAGGGCGAUGCCAAAUCCUUGGCCGGCACCGAAGAAGAGUACGAUGACAGUCAGAUCUACAGCGAACUCGGUGCUGCCGAUUCUGUGGAGAGUGGCAAGAAGAGCGAGACUGGCAACAGUGCGGCAGAUGAGAGCAAAGAGUCCGUUGACAAUUUGGAAUGGGCAGAGAAUCUAAUAGCCGAAUCCGAGGAGCAGAACAGCAAGGAGAAACAAGAGAAACCUCGCGACGACAUUAGUGAAAAACUAAAAGAGUUGACGGGCGAUUGGACCGAAGACGAGAACGAGGAUGAAAUGAUGGAAAUGGAAAAGCCUGCAAGCACAGAGAUUGUCGCCAAGCAACAGCCCAAGAAAACAGAGGAAACCCAGCCAGUGGCUGAGGAAAGCAAUAUCGUCGAAGAGGAGGAGGAAGACGACAUUGAUUUGGCUCUAAAAUCCAUGCACAAGAGCCACGAUGAUUCGACAUCAAAGACCAGUAGUGCGGCCGAACAGCCAGCUGCAGCCAGUGGCGGCGGCGAGGAUGUAGUCAGUGUAGAAGAAGUCCCGACCACCAGUACAACAACUAGACACGAUGAAAAAAUGGAUGUGGAUACGGAUACGGCUGAGGAGGACGCCCCACCAGCUGCUGAUGCUGCUGACACAACAGAGACAGCAAUUAAGAUCAAGCGAGAGCAUGAGGAGGAUGAGGAAUUCAUCAAGGAAGAUGCAACACAAGCAGAUGUUCCCAUGACAGAUGCGGAAAUCGAUUCAAGUUCUGCAAUAGCCGCCGAUACUGAGGAGCAUUUGGUGGAGGCGGAAGAAGAUCAGGAACAUUCGGAGACGGACAAUAUGCGCAAGGAGUUGCUGGAUGAAUUAAUCGCCCAAGCCGAAUCGCCCGAAGAUGAGGACAAGAGGAGUACACCCCUGGAAGCGAUAGAAGCAGCAGCAGCGACAACAGUAGCCACCACAGACAGUACCGAGACGGAUGAUGACCUGGUGCCUGCCACCCAGCUGCCUGCCAAUCAUCCCAGUCAGAAAGAGAUCAUUGAGUCGGAAGCAGAGAAACCAGCUGAGAAUAAUAAUGAUGGGAAGACGACAGUAGCUGUAGCAGUAGCAACUGCAGCAGCAGCAGCAUCAAAGGAAGCAGCACAGGUCGAGGAGAAACCAAACAGCAGUGUUACAGGAGCCGAAGUCACAGAUAAGUCGGCGGCGGCGUCGUCGGUCGUUGAGGUGGAGGAGGCGGCAAGUGCGGAUAAGGUAAAAAGCCUCAUUAGCGAAUGGGCUGAUGAUGAUGAAGAUGAGGAUGAGAAUGGGGUUAGUGCUGCGGCAAAGGCGGAACUAUAAUUACUAGAUUUAUUUAUGUUUUAAGUUUCGUUUAUCUACUGUCGUCGUCGUCAGGCCAAAAGGAGGGUAGCCAGCAUGCCCAUCUGAAGUCCACAAGAAUUUUCGGUUUCGAGUGUAAAUUAAAUCUGUUAAAUAAGGAAUGAGAGGAGCAUGCCCCAAACAUAAACACUAUACACAAAGAUACGUGUAAGAUCUAAUCUGCAAGUCUCACGUAAUUAUAAAUGUAAAUGCCCAUCUUCAGCAUUAAUCCUAGAUCCAGAGAGACCAACAAAUCGCCCCGCACAUUUUGCUACUUUUCAUGAUUUUUCUUUACCAAUCAACCCAACAUAAAUCACCUUAAUAUAAACCCUUAUAUAUAUAUGUAUACAGACACGCGUAUAGAGCUAUAUAUAGUUACAUAUAGAUGUUGUUUUAAUUGGUUUAAAACAUAAACAAUUAUAAUUGCAGAUUAUUAUUGCAAUGAAUGAAAAUGGUUUGAUGAUCAGUCGAUUUAGUAGUAGGUAUGAAAAAAGAAAAGAAACAAAAAAAAACAAGAAUGACCGAUUUUUUGAUUACCAACUUAGGAUUUUAAGGUUUAUUAUUAUAGCAGAAACAAAAAAAAAAAACGACACACACACAGAUCAGAUACUUUGGAGAAAAGAAAAAAUAUAAAUGUAGACAAAAAAAAAACAAAAGUGAAAUUUCAUUGAUUUGAUUUGCUUCUCUUGCAGCAACUAGUUAAAACUCUCAACUGAGAUACAAAUACAUUUUAUUCUAUAACAAAAGAUUCAUCAAGCAUGCAUAGUACAUACAUAUAUAUAAAAGCAACACCUCUUAAACAUAUAUAACAAUGAUCUGCCAA